AUGGCCGUGCUGGAUCCGCACCGCGACAAGAUGACCUUCAACAUCGAUGUGCCCCACACCGACCAUUCGUACAUUAUCGGCAAGGACGGCUCUCGCAUUAAGCUGCUGUCCAACGAGACCAAGUGUCACAUUCACCUUCCCGACUGUAACAAGACCGACCAGGCGGCCAAGUCGAAUAAACUCUCCAUUGCCGGCACCAGCUUUGAGGCGAUUGAGAAGGCUCGCAGUCAGAUUCGCAAGUCACUGCCUCUCAAUAUUCGAUUCAAGGCAAAGGUGGAGAACAGCAAGUUUAUGCUCAUUGACACGUCAACUUCGGAGGUGCAGGCAAUCAAGCGCAGGUACCACGUUGAUGUCACCUUCACCGACGUGAACUCCUUCCAGAAGUACACUGAGGUGACCAUCAACGUCAAGGGCGGACGCUCGCAGUCGGGCGACAUUAAGAACGCCGCCCAGGAGCUCUACCAGUUCGUCACCGGCGAGGACAUGUACGCCAAUCGCAAGCUUGUCUUUAGCAUAUCAAUUGACAUUAGCCACGCUCACCACCAGUUUGUGAAGGGCAAGGGCAACUGCAAUAUGAACUGCAUCAAAAGUCGAAACAACUCGAACAUCAUCUUUCCGGACAGUCCCAAUGUGAACAAGGUGAUCGUCGAGAACACCGACAUUGGCUCCACCGUCUUUGGCUGGCAGGAGCUGAUGGGUUACCUGCCCCUGCUGCUCUCCUUUGACGUCAACUUUGACAUUACCAAGUACAAGGACGAGGUGGAUCGCAUUGAGAAGGAGGAGAGCGUCGGCAUUCGCCUCCGCGAGAAACUGUGCGGCCACGUGUACACGGUUCUCGUGAAGACGCAGGAGCGCAACUCCCUUCGUCUGAAGGAGAUUCGCCAGCAAAUUUUGGACAUCAAUCCAAACUCGAGCUCAGCAGUCAGCCCGCCAGUCAGUCGUACCGGCUGCAAGAGAGACCGUUUCAACCUCUUCGCGAAGCCCUUUACCCCGUGCAAAGCCAGUGCCAGCUUCAUCCACCACAAUGCCAGCCACAGCUACUCUAACUACUACACUAGCAUCAUCAACAACAACAACAACAACUUCUCCACCAGCAAUCUCAACACCACCUACAAUCCCGAUCUCACCUUUUCAAGCAAGGGAAUGACUCUGGACUAUGACUCGGGUAUCGGUCCUAGUCCUCCCCGCUCAGACCACUGCACCACCUACGAUUACAGCUUCGAUUCUCGAUUUUUAGGCAGCAACACCUCCAGCGCUCCGCUGUCAAACCUUACCAACAACUACAAAUGGCUGACCUAA